UAUGGGUGCUAUAUGUUCAUGUAAAUGUUGUGGAUGCUCAAAACAAAAGUAAAAUCCUCCUUAACCUCCACCUAAAGAAACAUAAAAACCAGUUCUAGUAAUGUAACCCAAACCAGAACCAGAACCUAUAAAAGAAGAACCUAAAAAAGUAGAGCCUAUAAAAGAAGAACCUAAAAUAGAAUUACCUAAAAAAGAAGAGAGCUUCUUACCACCUGAAAUAGUAGAAAUUGAUAAAGUAAAAGAAGAAGAAAAACCAAUUGAGGUUUAGAAAGUAGAGAAUAUUUCAUAGCCAGAUACAGACAUAGAAUAGUUUGAUUAAGCAUUAAAAACUAUUAUAGAAACAGAAGAAGCCUUUUAGAAAAAUAAGAAGGAAAUAGAAGAUCAAUUAAGCGCUUGCUUUAAGCAAGAUUAAUAUAAAUUAAAAGAUUAUUCAGAAAAACCAUAUAGUGGACCUAAGAUAGCAAAUAGAAAUAUUUGUGAUAUUGAGGAUGAAGAUAAAUACGAUUUCUCUAAAGUUACAUAAUUUCAAGAAUAUAAUGAGAAUAUCACUUUAGUGAGAUUAAUUCAGAAAUAAAAAGUACCUAUUUGCACUUAUCUUGGUAAAAUAUAGGGCAAAUACUGUUGUGUAAAAUUAAUACCAAUGGCUAAGAAAGCAUAUAUUCAUAAAUGGAUAGAAAAAAUUAAAGAAGCUUUUGAAAUAUAAUAGAAUGGCUAAAAUAAAGAUAUAACUCUAGCAUUAUACUGUUAAAAAUAUUUUUAUUAUAAGAUAGAAGAAAUAAAAAAUGAACCAGAAUAUUGUAAUUGUUAUAUUAUUACUAAACUAGAAUAAUUUAAUAUUUAUACUUUUAGGUAUUUAUUAAAUAUUCAUAAAUAGUCAUCAUCCAUCUAAAUAAUUAGCAGAAAGAAUAAAUUUUGCUUACUAAGCCAUUCAAAUUAUUUCUCUAGUUCAAAAAAGUUAAUUAGAAAAGGAAUAAAAUACUUCUUCAGAUUAAAAGUUGUCAGCAAAGAUAUUUUAGAAAAUGGUUAUAGUGAAAGGAAAUAAUAUAUUAAUUUCUAGAGAUUAAAAUUAGGUAGGUAAUUACAAAUUACUAUUAUCUGAUUGGUAAUUGUUUCUAGAAGAAUUUGAAGUUAUAAUACCUAAUCAAAAAAUUCAAAAUCAAGAUAAGAAUUAUAAAAAUAAUGCAAAAAGUAUUUAGUAUCUGUCUGGCAAUUUAAUAGAUUAAGAGUAUAAUAAAAACUUGAAAGCAUUAGAUGAUAGUACAAAAAGAUCUCUCAAAAUGAUAUUUUUUAGAGUCAAUUUUGAGUAAUAUGAUUUUAUGUAACAUUAGGUUACUUGAAAAUGUUGAAUUAAAAGGAUUUUAAAAUGAAAGUGAAUUUAUAAAAGUUUGUAAAAACAUAGGUGAGAUUGAGACAAAGAAAAAGAUUGAAUAUGAAUAUUUGAAAACAGCAAUAACAAACUAGUCUUAACCUAUAUAAUAAGAAAAAAAAGAAGUAAACGAAAAAGAAAUAAAAUAGAAUCUUGAAGAAAUAACUAAAGAUUUAUAAAAUUAGCUAUCCCAACUAUUGUCAAAAGAGUUAGGGCUCUAUAACUCACCCAAUUCUAAUUUACUUUAUCUAAUUUACUUAAUGAUAGAAAUUUUAUCUAGUGAAGCAAUGAGACCUUUGUUGAAAGACUUAAAUAUUGACCAUCACUUAGAAAGUCAAAAAAUUUAGAAAUGA